AUGAUGGACGAGAAAUACCGGAAGAUAGUCGUUGAGAUACUUUCAUACCUGCAGCACACUCCUUUCCUGUACUGUAGCACCCGGUACCACACCUUUGAAGAGAGCGGCAAACACCAAAACCAACAAAGAACGGCCCAAGCUCACUUCAACAUGCACAGGUACUCCAACAGACGAAACGUACGGGUAAAACAACAGAAAUGCUGUUCAACCGAAAUAGUGGCACAGUACCACCCAAGGAAGUUGCUGUGUGCAGUGCACCCGCUAAACCUCUCAAGAGCAGAAAGAUCGAUUAAAGUGACCAAUCGUAAUAGACCGUCUAAUUUAGGAGCACGCCCAGGGCACAGCAACACCUCGCGCUAAGGAAUUAACUGCUUGUGCAGCAUCAAAUGGACCAUACCACUACGCUAAGG